UUGUUGUUUUCACCGGAAACGGAAAUGUCCAGUUUGUCUCAUGUUGGGGUUGUGAAUUAAACGAGCUAACAUCCAUUAGCCUGGAUCCCGAUAGCUUAGCCUUGACACCUGUUAGCUUAGCUUAGAUCAUGUUAGCCUUGACACCUGUUAGCUUAGCCUGGAUCCUGUUAGCUUAGCUUAGAUCCUGUUAGCCUGGAUCCCGUUAGCCUGGGUUGUUUUCAGCCCGGCUGAAGGCUCUCAUGUAGCCGCCCUCCACACACAAACUGCCGUGUUUCCACAAACGUCUCACCUGUCGCUUUAAGGCGACGUCAUCACAGCUGACCAAUCAGCACCAGCCAAACAGAGCUGUUCAUAAAGGCUCCUGUAGAAAGUUGUGAUUCAGCCGGUUCCUCGUGUUCCUGUCGAUGCUCUGGAGCCGUGGUCCUGCUGCUGCUUCAGAGGAUGAUCCAGUUCGUGCUGAUGGUGAACCGGCAGGGUCAGACCCGACUGUCCCGGUACUACCAGCCCGUGGAGCUGACCAGGAGGGCGGCGCUAGAGGCUGACGUGGUGCGAUGCUGCCUGAGCCGCAGGAAGGAGCAGUGCUCGUUCGUGGAGUACAAGGACUUCAAACUGGUUUACCGCCAGUACGCGGCCCUGUACAUCGUGGUCGCUGUCACGGACGCAGAGAACGAGCUCUCCGUCUACGAGCUGGUCCACAACUUUGUGGAGGUUCUGGAUAAAUACUUUAGUCGAGUGAGUGAACUGGACAUCAUGUUCAACCUGGACCGAGUCCACGUCAUCCUGGACGAGAUGAUCCAGAACGGACACAUCGUGGAGACCAACAAGGGCCGGAUCCUGGCGCCGCUCACCGCCCUCGACAAGAUGGCCGACAGCUGAGACGCCACACCACAGCCUGGACAACGAUGAGCAUGUGUUUCCACCUCAGUCUGUGACUAAACCAAACCAAACAUUGGUCCAUGUCCCAUCUGCUAACAUGGAGGAGGUGCAGACUGGGACCUGUGCUGCUGACAGCCACCAGGGGGCGAUCCAGAGGAUUGGGCUUCACUCUUUGGGAACAGCCAUGUUGUCCAUCUUCAUCUACAGUUUGUGUUCUAGUCGUUUCAUGUCAUGAACUUCUCUUCAGAUCAGAGGACUCUGAUGUAAACAGAUUGAACUGCAGGGAAUCGAACCUACGACGAUUCACUCUGAAUUAAAAAUGUGCUGAUCUUGAUCUUUUGUCAAUAAAUCAGACUCUGACCUUCUGGA